AUGGAGAAUAAAAACAAUGUAACUGAAUUCAUUCUACUAGGCCUCACACAAAGUCCAGAGCUUCAAAAAAUAUUCUUUGUCAUGUUUUUAAUCAUAUAUAUCAGCACAAUUUUAGGCAACAUGCUCAUUGUCAUUAUCAUGAGUGCCAGCCAAACUUUGAGAUCCCCCAUGUACUUUUUUCUAACCUUUCUAUCCAUCAUGGAUGCCACCUGGUCUUCAGUUGUUGUUCCUAAGAUAGUUAUGGAUUUACUCUAUGAGAAGAAAACCAUCUCCCUGAAAGGCUGUCUGACUCAGAUCUUUGCAGAGCAUUUUUUUGGUGGUGUAGGAAUCAUCCUCCUCGUGGUCAUGGCCUAUGAUCGCUAUGUGGCCAUCUGUAAACCCCUCUACUACAUGACCAUCAUGAAUCCUCAAGUAUGCCACCUGCUGGUGGCAGCAGCCUGGAAGGGGGGCUGCAUACAUGCCACCAUUCAACUUCUCUUUAUGUCUAAUCUUAUUUUCUGUGGCCCUAAUGUUAUUGAUCAUUUCAUGUGUGACUUGUGCCCUUUGCUGAAACUGACCUGCAUGGACACCCAAGUUCUUGGCCUUUUAGUCAUUGCUAACAGUGGAGUAAUGUGCCUGUCAAUCUUUCUCUUACUAAUUGUCUCUUAUGGUGUUAUUCUCUUUUCCCAGAAAGGUGGUAGUUCAGAAGGAAGGCGAAAGGCCCUUUCCACCUGCAGUUCUCACUUGACAGUGGUGGUCUUGUUUUUUGUUCCCUGUAUAUUUUUGUAUGUGAGGCCAGUAGUCACUUUUCUUAUAGAUAAAGUUGUGUCUCCAUGUUCUAUUUUGUUUACUCCCAUGUUAAAUCCUGUGAUCUCACCCUUAGCAAUACAGAGUUUAAAAAUGCAAUGA